AGCAGCUUUACUUGAAGCACCAAAAGUCGAUCAUCGACGAUUGACACAUUUUCACGCAGUGAUUUAACGAUAUCUUGAAGCAAGACUCUUCAGCUACAGCUACACUUGCCACAAAUACUCAAAGAACAAUCAAUCAAAGUCAUCUCACAACCAACAAUGUCAUCGGUGUAUCUCCAACUAGAAGACCCUGGUGCGCCUCCAUUCGCCGCCAAAGUGGUCGAGAUACUCAAUUCUGCUUUCGACCCAACGAACAGCAUCUCAGUAGAAGAAGCUGCCGUGGCACUAGACUCACUCUUCACAUCAGAUUACGAGGAACAUGGCACAGCAGGAUCUUUCCUCUGGUGGUUCUGGGACCUCAUGCACGACCUAGCUCGCCAGAUCCCCUACGACCAGCGCGAACAAGAUCAGCUGGCGGCAGUUAUCAAGGCGCUUACCUGUCUCCCGCCCAAGACGGUGAGUUUGGGCGAAGACUGGGGAGGUGCAGGCGAGAACUCGGUCGAUUUGUGGCAGAAUCUUCCCAUGUUUGCGAACACCUUGAACGAGACGCUCAGUGACGGCGAUCCCAGGGCUCAUAGUGAAGAUACGAGGAAAGACCGCCAGGUGAACCUCCAAGCAUACGCAGCCCGAGUCGCAGGCCUAGGCCUCGUCUCCCUAGAAACCAACGCCGUCUGGGCGCUCGUAGAUGCACUCGAAGGCACUGUCACGCCAGUUCGCGGCGCUCCGGACGAGGUCAACUCAGACCCAGCCGCAGUCGAGUAUAUCACACACAAGACACGUAUCGCCGCAGCUUGGAUGGCCCACGCCGGCCACCUCUUACACGGGCGCGAUGAGGUGGUAAGUGGGGCAACGGCAGGGCCUCUGUGGAAGCUCGACAAGAUGGAAGCUAUGAAGUUGAGACGAAAGGUCAAGGGGACUGAUGGGCUUUGUCCUGAACGGUGGCAGCUGUGGAAGGAAAGGUUUGGGGUUCUUCGUGAUGCCGUCGGGCUGGAUGAAAAGGCGCGUAAGGACGCUGGUGAUGCUUACCUGGAAAUGGAAAAAAUUGAGAAAAGGCAAUAGAUUUUAGUUGAAACCUUUCCCCAUUUAACGAGCACACUCCCCCAUACGGGCUUUUCACCGUUACUCGCCACCUUUCAAGGGAGACAGCUGUUUGCUUGUUGACGUCUCGUUAAGUGGCGUUCUUCAUUUCAUCUCCAGAAUCCAUUGAUGGCUCGUAAAGGCCUUUCAGGCUUUAGUUCUUACACACCCAAACAUAACCUGUCUGAUAAGCCAGUCCUCUUUCCUUGAUCCUCCAACGUCCUGGCCCCCAGGGCUUUCCCGAUCCUUCGGAUCACUUCCGGUUUAACCGCCUUCCCAAUCCCGACUUAGC